UUCUUUACGCUGAUUUGCUACUGACCUGCUGUUGACAUUCAAAUAUUUUCAUUUUACAAGGGUGGUGGCGGUAAUUUUAAACAACCAGGCAAUUGCAAUUUUUUUUCUUUCAUAAAUACAGUUAUAAGUAAAUUCCAGAAUCCUGCUUUUGCCUGAACAAUAAUUAUGUUUCAUCAAGUGUGUUAUAAUUUAUCAUGUACUGUCAGUUAACAUCAAUGAAAGUCCUUUAGCCAAUACUAAAUUUUAUUGAUAGUCCAUUCUUAUUUUACCAUGAAUUCUAAUUCUAUUGAAAUAUAUCCAUCUUGUGCCAAAGAUAAAAACAAAUCGGACUUUCCGGGAAUUGCCAAUUUAUCACCAAUAACCAAUCUAUCACUAAAUCUGAGUGGUUUAUCGACAGCUAAUUCUGGAACCCCAAUCCGCCGCAUAUCUUGGUCCAACCCGAUUUCUAAAGAAACUAAUAUUUCCAUUCCUCCUCAGGAACUAUCAUGCGCUGAUUCACCAACGUUUCAAGGGAUAUUUCCUCGCAGAGGCAAGAUAAAAUACAAAGUACGAAAAUUUAUUUCAAACGCACUACCUUCUGACAGCGAUGAUGACAAAGAAAACAUUGUUCCCCUUAAUAAUUACUCUAUAAGUUCUCAAUCGAAAAAGCACGAUGAAAGCAUGCCCUGCAGAUCUCAAGACAGCGGCUACUCGGGCUGUCAUUAUUUGGAAUCUCCUCUCAGUCCAUUGCCCACUUGCAAAAUUUCCUUUUCGUCGGACGAAGAGGAGGAUGGUUUUGAAAGCAUUUUUGAACUCAAAGAAACAGAUGGGGUUGAGCAUCUUUCACCUGUACCUCCCUGCAUGUCCCAUCUGUUGACUAAACCUUUAUUGAGAUGUCACGACUCCCCUCUGUCUCCCUCCGUCAAACGCCAAGGCAAGCUGCCCAUUCGUCGCUGUCUGUCAAUGGAAAUGGACAGUGAAUCGGACUCCUCUUCGUCUGAGAGUACUUCGAAGAGGGAGACUUUUAUUGCUCCGUUGAAUCCUCAAAGAAAAUCAUUCGUCAAUGAAGUUCAAACCAGAAAUAUUUUCAAACGGCCAGAGCCACCAAUUAACAAUUUAAUGUCAUAUAACAAGAGAAGAAAAAGUUCACCUUCCAUUGGUGAUAAAGAACGAGAUAAUUUUGUUUUCCAGCGAUCCUAUUCUGAGACUGCGGCCACUAUCAUGCAUGCACUCUUAAAGGCAGAUCUGCAGCCAGAGUUAGUGGGGGAUGGUAGCAGAUCCUACGCUUUGCCUCUUUGUAAAGGACGACAUGAAGAUUUGAAAAGCAUCGCACCUCAAACAUUAGUUGAACUUUUAAAGGGCAAUUACAAGGAUGAAAUUGAAAAUUUUAUUCUUGUUGAUUGCAGAUAUCCUUAUGAAUUUGAAGGCGGACAUAUAAAAGGUGCAAAGAAUAUUUUCACUAAAGAGGACAUAGUUUCAACAUUUUUCAGUACAUACACCUGCAACAAUCAAAAGAAUGCAAUCAUUUUUCAUUGUGAAUUUUCAUCAGAACGUGCACCCACACUCUGCAGAUUCUUACGACGGAAAGAUCGUGAGAUGAACGAAGGUCAUUAUCCUCGGCUGCACCAUCCAGAAAUGUACUUGUUAGAAGGAGGUUAUAAAGCUUUUUUUGAAAACUAUCGAGAUUAUUGUGAACCCCAGGAUUAUAAACCAAUGAAUCACAAGGAUCAUGGUUUUGAGCUACGCCAUUUUAGAGCCAAAUCCAAAUCAUGGGGUAGCGACUGUAAAGGUCGCUCAAAGCUGAGAAGCAACUCAAUGCACACCAUGAUUUGAUUUUUAAAUUGAUAUGCUUUUUUUUUAAAAAAAAAAAUUGAAGUUCUUUUGAUACAAAACUCAAUUUGAAGUUGCUUUUUUAGGUUUUAAAUUACUAUAUUUCGAUAAUUAGUUUUUAACUUAAAUUAACAUUUGCUUGUUGAAAUUCUUGAAUUUUCAAAGGUUCAAUUUUUUAUAUUAUUGCUUUUAACAUAAUUUAAUCAAUUAAAAGAAUUUCUAACCUGCAUAUUGAUUGGGAAUUUUUUCAUAACUCAAUUUAAUAUUGCUCUUUUAUAAAUUUUUCUUAAUUAAUAUACUUGAUUAAUUAGUUUUUUAAAUUUCAAUAUUUGAUUCCAUUGUUUCCUAUAAUAUUUUUCUAAAAGGAAAAAUUGUACCUGCUGAAUAAGAUGUGGAAAUUUAUUCAAAUAAGUUUAUCAUUUGUACAAAUGUAUUCAAAAUUGCUGUUUUGGAAAUAUUUUUUACCAUAAGUACUUGAUUAUAAUUAGUUUUUUUUUUUUUUUAAAUUUAAAAUGACAUUUUCAUAUUGAAAUUCUACAGUUUUUUAAAUUUUAAUAUUAGAUUCUAUUAUUAAAAAUGAAUUAAUUGCAAUAUGUGAUUCUAUAAUUUCGUAUUAAAUGCUAUAAUUAAAAAAAAUAUUUACCUGUGGCAUAAGAUAUGGAAAUUCAUUAAAAUAUGUUUAUUAUUUAUUCAAAUUUAUUUAAUAUUGCUGUUUUGGAAAUAUUUCUUGAUAUCCUUGGGUAUAAUUAAGUUCCAAUUCAAAAUGAUACUUUCGAAUUAAAAUUUUUGAGUUAUCUUUUAUAUUUUGAUGUCCUAAUCUAUCAUUAAUAUAUAUUGUAAUUUUAUAAGAAAUUCUGUUUAAGAUAUUUAUAAAAUUUGAUAUUGCCCAUUUUAGUAAAUUAAUUAACUGGAAAUUAAAUUUCCUACUAAAUAAUUUGAUUGUUACAAUUAAAAAUUAUUACAGGACAGGAAAUAGAAAUGUAUUUAAAAUUCAAUGUGAUAUUGCACUUUCAGUAAUAUUCCAAUUUAGUUUUUAUUUUAAAAUAACAUUUUCAUCUUGAAAUUCACAAGUUUUUAAUCUACAAGUUCAAAAUUUGAUGGUUUAAUGGUAUAGAUUUUAAAAUAUUUUUGAUGUUAAGUAUUUGAUUUAAUUAUUUACCAUUAAAUGCAGCAAAUCUUUAAAAAAAUUUGCUUAAUUACAUAGUAAACAAAAAUGUAUUCAAAAUUCGAAGUAAUGUUACUUUUUUUAAAAAGGUUUCUGGAUAGAUUGUUAUAAAUUGUUUGUAACUUUAUUUAGCAUUUUCAUAUCCUAAUCCAUGUUAAAAGUUAUAUAUCUGUUUCAUCCUUUUUUUUAUUACUAUGUUCUAUUUUCUUAAAUUUUAUUUGUGCUACAUAAAGAACAAAAAAAAAAAAAUUUUUUUUUAAUAUAUUUCAACAAAAUUAAUUAUUGAGAAUAAACUGUAAUAUUUAUGACUUUCCCCAUUUACUGACAGAAUGCAGUUUAAAACUCUUUCCUAAAAAGUUUUUUAAUCUUAAUUACUUUAAUUCAUAAAAAAAACCUUAUUUCUGACAUAAUAAAUCUUUAUAUCUUGAAAUGAGAUUAAUUUUUAAAUAUUAACAUCAUAUUUCCUUAUAUGAAUAAGAAAUAUGAUUACAAUAGUUUUAUUAUAUUUAUUUAUUAAUGAUUUUUAAAUUAAAUAUUGUUUAAUUAUUUAUGGUGCAUGAUUUCAUUUUUAAUUUAUUUUUCUGCUUACUAAAUUUGUUAUUUAUUUGUAUUAUAAAAUCUUGUACAGCAUUUAUACUGAAUCAAAGUAAUAUAUUUGAAUAACUAUGUUUUAUGAAUGAGCUACAGCACUGCAUGCUUUUUGAUGUCAAUUCACAUGAAAUCUGUUUUGCACAACUUUUCUAUUUUUAUUUAUAAUUUAGACUUUUCUUUUUAAUUUGAAUUUUUUUCUCUAUAUUUUCUAUAAGUUUGAAAUCCAAGUUGCAGAAAAUUGCAUAUUUUUUCCCCCUAAACAGAAUAGUACCCACAUUUUUCUAUUUAUUGCAAAAUACAAUUCAUUAAUAUUUUCUUGAAAAUAGCUUUCGAUUGUAAUUGAGGGGUAAUUGUGAAAGUGAAAAACCUUGAAAGUUGCUAACUCGAACAAACAAUUCAACAGUGUGCAAAAACUCAAUAACAAGAUAGCAGUUUAUGUACUAUUCAUAUUUAAUGUAAUUUUUUGAACUAAGAUUUAUAAUUAAAUUACAUACAUGAAUUGUGAUAUUGGAUUUUUGAAUCACAUUAGUAGGAAUCGCAAUGCAUGAUUUUUAGAUCCUGUACAUAUGAAUAGCGACAUAGGAUUUUAAACUUGCGUAAAUACGAAACAAGAUAUUGAUUUCAAAAACUUGUAAAUAUAAAUUGAGACAUUGGAUUUUUAAAUUACGAGGACACGAUGUUCGAUUUAUAGAUCACAUGAAUUCGGUUCAUAAUAAGUAACUUUCAAAUCAGAUAAAUAUGAAUCACAAUAUUGGCGGAUUCCAACGCAGUUUCAGAUAUUAAAAUAAUAAAAAUGCAACAAACCAAAUAAUAAUAGUCACAAUUGCGGAAGAGUCAUGUGUAUUAACAUCUCGUUAACACAAUUCAAAAUCCAUCUAAUUAUAUGUUUUGAUGCGCGGAAAUUGGUGAAUCAAUAUUCUUGAGAUACGCGGAAUUCCGCGAAAAAGUCACAUGCUCUGCCCCUAGUUUCUAGACCUGGGGGGAUGAUACGGAAUGCCUGGUUACAUCCAGAAUACAAUCACUCUUUGUAAUUGCAACUUGCUCAUGCAAAUCAUAAUUACUGAGCUUAUAAUAUGCAUUAUAAAUGGAUUACAUAGCUAAAAAAUGAAUUUUAGUAGAAAAAUUAUAAAUUUCUGAACAGAAAGUAUAUUCUUAUUUUAUUGUUGAAUGUAUCAUUUAAAAAUUUAGAUAAGUUUUAUUUCUUGUUUUGUAUUUUUGUUAAAUUCAUUCAAUUCCUAUUUUUGUUAAUUUAAAAUAACCAAAUUGAAUUUUUUUUUACAAUCUUUGAGUUCAAAUUAAAAAGCUGUGUUUGGAAAAUAUUUGUGUUAUUUCACUGUAAAUAGUUCCAUGUUUCACUACAUAGAAGUUCACUUUACUUCUUAUCAAACGAAUUUUAAGUAAUUUGAUUGUAAUGAUUUUCAGAUAGGAAUUUUCAAGUUUUGUACUGCUUUUCAAAAUCAAUAAAAGUUUUUAUCUACUUUUAA